GCUACUUAUCUCUGCGAUUGAUCUCUCUCUCUUGAAAAUCCAAUCCUCAUUUAUGUCCCAAAUCAGAAUCUGGGCGCUCACCCCUGUCGACGCCGAGAUGCAACAGUCAUCGGACAUCGCCGAUUCCGGAAUCACCAUCCACGCAAGUGGUUAGGGUCCAGGAUUAUGAUUGUGUCCACACUGUUUUUACUCUACCGUUGGGGAAUUGCAUUCUUGAUUUUGACCUUGGCUACCUUCUGGGCAUACGUGAUCAAAGUGGUGGAUUUGAAGUUGAUAAUGGGCAUACUGGAAAAGAAGAAAAUUUCUGCAAGGUUUAUGCAACGGGUCUGAUAUUAUGCUCUGUGCUUUUAUUUUUUGGUUGAACAAAAACCCUAACACUAAACCCACCGUUUUCCCUGUGCGAGUUCCAUCGUCAGCUUUGCUUCUAACGCCAGAUUGCAAAGGAAGCUCUAUCCUCAGCAAACCUGAUAGAGUGGGAGCUUGUGCGUCGGGCAUAGUAUUUGGAAGCCAAGAUGCAGGCUUGUGGUGGAGCUGCAGUGAUGGGUUCUCUUCAACAGCCCACUUGGACCAAAGGAACAACUUUUCCAAACAAGAGGCUUAGCUUUGGUGGAUAUUCACAUCAAUUAAAACUCAAUUACGUGAAGACCCGUAGAUCUUAUUCUUACAUUGAAGGAAGCUUGGUUGCUGGAAGGCCAUCCUCUUCUGUCUCUGUGCCUUUGCCAGAAAUUGGAGGCGAUGGAAGCAGUUUUAUAGACAAUGGGUUAAGUGUGGCUGACCCUGAGUUGUGUGGUAUUAUUGGAAAGGAGAAGGAGCGACAGUUCAAGAGCCUUGAGCUUAUUGCCUCAGAAAAUUUUACAUAUCGGGCAGUGAUGGAGGCAGUUGGCUCAUGUCUCACGAACAAGUAUUCGGAAGGAUUACCAGGUAAAAGUGCUCAUUCCAAAGGACUUGGAGCCAUUGAUGUGUUAGUGAGCUUUCCAAUAAUUGGGGAGUUUUGUGUGGGUGGGCUACCAAUCCAGCAGCAGUGAGACCAUGAGUAUUGUUUGGUUCAGCAUCUCUGUAAUUGCAUGCUCUGAUGGUGGCCUUGUUCAAGCCAACCAGUUGAUAUAUUGUUACAACAAUAUGAGUUCAAUGGCACACAUCUGUCACUGAAAUGGAGUUCAAUGGACCCCAAUUUUAGAGUUUUCACAUGUCUAAAUUGAAGUGUUUUUGUAAGUGAAAGCUCAUCAUGAAAAAGGUAUUGAGUUAUGUAAGUUAUUGUAUACUCAUGUUUUCAUACUCUCUCUCUCUCUCCCUAAACCCAGCUUUUGGAUGCACAGUUAUGUUUCUAAUUGAAGCUUAAUAUGCUUGGGUUGCCAUUACCAUUUCAAA